AUGAAGGAGGAAACAUUUAUUGGUUAUGCUGCUUUACAACCUUUCGUCUUGGACGAUCUAAAAACUCAUUUGCAGAAAUAUGAAUUCAAGCCUCGUCCACUUGAGGAUGAUGAAGUAGAAAUUCAGGUCUCAGCUUGCGGAAUCUGUGGUUCUGAUAUACAUCAGAUCACAAAUGGCUGGAAACGGGCCAAUUACCCUUUAAUUGUUGGACAUGAGUUUAUAGGAACAAUAACAGCUCUGGGUAAGGACGUGAAACAGUUAUUGUUAGGACAACGUGUCGGUGUCAGCCCUGUUUGCAGAUCAUGCGGAGAAUGUGAGCAAUGUAAGAAUUCCUUUGGCCAGUUAUGUCCAGCAAAAGUAACAACUUACAAUGGGCAAUAUAAAAAUCACCCUACCUUUGGUGCCUUUGCAAAUAAAGUAAGAGUACAAGCAGCUUGGGCUAUUCCCAUCCCUGAUGCUAUCAGCGAUGAAGAAGGUGCACCUCUAUUGUGUGCGGGAAUAACCACUUAUGCGCCAUUCAAGCACAAUAAUAUUGCCGAUGGAAGUGCUGUGGGUGUUGUUGGAAUUGGUGGGCUCGGCCAUCUUGCAAUUCAAUGGGCCAAAGCCUUCAAGUGUGAGAAGAUUCUCGCUAUAUCUUCAAGUAUGCGGAAGCAAUCAGAUUCUCUAAAGCUCGGUGCAACCGAUUUCAUUGUCCUUAACAGUGACGGAGAUUUCGAUGACAAAUAUAAACGCACAUUGGACAUGCUUGUAGUUUGUGGUUCAGGACGAUCUACAAACUGGGGAAAACUAACCGAGUUUAUUAAACCACGUGGUAAAAUGAUUUUGUUGGAUGUACCAGAAGAACCUAUUGUGCUGCCACCGGCAUCAUUCAUCUAUCAAAAUAUCAGUUUAAUUGGCAGUUUUGUUGGCAGUAAUGAUGAUUUAAAAGAUAUGUUAGCUUUAGCCGCUCAAACUGGUGUUCGUCCAUGGAUCCAAAAGGUCGGUGGAUCUUUAGAAGGGGUUAUGGCAGGUGUUACGGAUUUAAUACGUGGUAAAGCACAUUACCGAAUUGUUCUGAGCCACAAAGAGGAAUAG